GUUUUUGUUUUGGUGGUCUGCAGGGGUGUGCGACUGUUUUUAUUUCUUCUGAUAGGUAAUGGGUUGCAGUUUUUAAAGGUACUAAAGUGAAAAUCAGUGUGAAAUAUGGAUGGUACAAUGGAAGAUAAGCUUCUUGGGCCGGGGAAGGAAUGUGUAACGGACUUGAAAGGAAGAGUUUGGAUUGAAUCAAAUAAGCUCUGGAGGGUUGCAUCUCCUGCUAUAAUCACAAGAGUAUCAUCAUAUGGAAUAUUGAUAGUUACACAAUCAUUUAUUGGGCAUAUUGGUGAAACUGAACUGGCUGCAUAUGCGCUCAUCCAAAUCAUUCUAGUGCGCUUUGUAAAUGGAAUACUGUUAGGAAUGGCAAGUGCUCUAGAAACAUUAAGUGGCCAAGCAUUUGGAGCAUGGCAUUUUCACAUGAUGGGUAUCUAUUUACAACGGUCUUGGGUUGUUCUUCUUGCUACUUCAAUCAUAUUGCUCCCUUUUUUCAUAUUUUCUUCAAGCAUUUUAAGACUUCUUGGCCAGGAAGAAGAGUUUUUAGCAAAAGCAGGAAUUAUUGGGCUUUGGUUUAUACCCAUCAUGUAUACUUUUAUUUUUUCAAUGACAAUGCAAAUGUACUUACAAGCCCAACAAAAGAACAUGGUUAUUGGAUGGUUAUCUGGCGCAUCAUUUGUCGGUCACUUGAUCUUAUCUUGGCUUUUUGUGUACAAAUUGAACUGGGGGAUACCCGGCGCCAUGGUUGCAAUGAUAAUCUCCACGUGGUCAGUGGUAAUUGGGGAAUUUGUUUAUGUCUUUGGUGGUUGGUGCCCUGAAACAUGGACGGGGUUUUCUUUGAAUGCAGUUACUGACAUUUGGCCAGUAGUGAAACUCUCUGUAUCCUCGGGUGUGAUGCUUUGCUUAGAGUUUUGGUACAAUUCGGUGUUAGUCUUACUGGCAGGCUACAUGAAGAAUGCUACAAUUGCCAUAUCUGCUUUCUCUAUCUGCCUCAACAUCACAGCUUGGGAAUUUAUGAUAUCCCUUGGUUUCUUAACUGCAGCUUGUGUGCGUGUUGCAAAUGAACUGGGCAGAGGAGAUGCAAAAGCUGCAAUAUUUGCCAUUAAAGUCAACUUAUGUACUUCAUUGUCUCUUGGUGUGCUUUUUUCAGUUCUGUUUUUGGUAUUUGGACAUGUCUUAUCCUAUGCAUUUACAAGCAGCACAGAGGUUGCCAAAGCUGUGUCAAGCCUCUCCCUUUUAAUUGCUUUGUCAGUCUUGCUCAAUAGUGUUCAGCCAGUACUCUCAGGGGUGGCUAUUGGUUCUGGCUGGCAAUCUUUGGUAGCAUAUGUCAACCUUGGUUGCUACUAUAUAGUAGGGAUUCCUGUUGGAGCUUUGCUUGGUUAUGUUGCAAAACUGGAUGUUAAGGGUAUCUGGAUGGGAAUGAUUUCUGGGGUUUUAUUGCAAACGCUAAUGCUUCUUUGGAUCACUUGGCGAACUGAUUGGGAUGCUCAGGUGGCAGAGGCGUCACAACGUCUAAAGAAGUGGUUUUUGACACCUUCUGAAGAGUCUAAUGACAACACAAACCAUGCUUAAUCAGAGAGUGAGCCCCAUUUUUCUGUGUUGUAUUAUGCCGAGGAGAAAUAUUAAUUGCUUGAGAAAAAAAAUUAAGUCAAAUAUGUUAUUUUCUUG